AUGCUUACUGCCUCUGCCCGAAGGCUUGUUCCCUUCCAGCUAAACGACAUCCCCGCCUGUCAAAUUGCCCUACUGCUAUCGAGGAUACAGGGUCCACAAGAUGUCUAUAUCCGGGCGGUAACGUCAACUGAAGGCGCGGCGGCGAACCUUAACGACACCAUCGCCGCACCUCCCGAGAGUAGUUUCUGGGCGGCAGAUACAGGCGUCAACUUCCAGUUUAGUCAGGAGCCAGCCGACGCCGCAGUCGAUAGCCUCUCCGGCCAAGUGUACACCGCAGCUUCCGAGCUCAAGUCCUAUCUGGCUCAUGCUCCCGCCGGAAACGUCACCACUCUAUAUGCCCAUUAUGGAAGGUCUGUGGUGGGCAUAUACGUCGGGGCCAGGGUGUAUACACCCUUGGCUGCUAUCGCCGCCGUUGGUGCGUUUGCGAACCACGUUCGGGAACACGGCAUUGGCAAGUCCCUCGCGAUGCAGUACUGCGGGGAAGGAAUCCUAGGCGGAACUGUUGUGGGAGUAUUCGCCAGCACGGCUGGUGGGGUGGCCGCGCUUGGAGCCGCUCAGCAGGCUCUUGUUUCUUGGGAUAAAGGACAGUGCGUGACGGGGCUCGAAAUUGCGGGAACGGUCAACUCUGUGCUGUGGAAAGAAGACCCCCAGGCCGAUGGUACUUGCGCAACCUAUGUUGUCGUUGAUGGAGAUAACUGCAGCAAGGUUGGCAUUCGGCAUGACGCCACGCCCGAAGACCUGGAGAAAUGGAACGACGGGACGACUUGGGGCUGGAAAGGCUGCAACCUAUUCCCGGACACGGUAAUUUGCGUCAGCCCCGGCGAUCCGCCCCUGCCGCUAGUGGACGAGAGACAGAUGCUGCUCCGAGUACGGGACCAGUUCGACAGGUUCAAGAGCCUCUCUGGAAUCAAGCGUGUUGUCUCGUUUGGCGGAUGGGUCGACUCGACUGCACCUGAUCGCUUCAAAACUUGGCGCAAUGCAGCCUUGCCCGAGAACGUGGACAAAGUGGCAAAUACUCUAGUGGCUUUUGCGAUGGAGAAUAGGCUCGAUGGCCUAGAUAUUGACUGGGAGUAUCCUGCGGCGCCUGAUAUCCCGGACAUUGACCCUGCUGAUCCCGACGAGGGCAGGUCUUACCUAGAGCUUUUAAAGACGACGAUGGGUGCCCUCACUCUCAUCACGAAAGCCGGCGUCCCCUCUAACAAGAUUAUCGUCGGCGUGGCAAGCUACGGUCGGGCGUUCAAAAUGGCAGAGCCGGGCUGCACGGGCCCGAUGUGCGCAUUCACAGGGCCGAAUAGCGGGGCUAGGGGUGGACUCUGUACCGGCGAGCCUGGCUACCUAGCGGACGGGGAAAUUGAGAGGAUCCUUAAAGACCCAAAGCGGAACGCUAGGGCGUGGAUUGACAAAGAAUCAAUGUCCAACAUCAUGGUAUACGAUGAUACCGAGUGGGUAGCGUAUAUGGACGACGCCAACAAGAAUUCGCGAGCGAUGCUGUACGAGCACUACAACUUUGGAGGUACCACCGACUGGGCUAUAGACCUUCAGACCUUCAGCGACAGUGAGUUUGUGACUGAUACCUCAUUCGCUGAGAUGAUGCAGAAUGGGGGCCGAUGCCCGUGGAGGAAUACGGAAGGAUUCCACUGCGAUUCAGAGGCGGCGUCAAAUACCCUGCUUCCCGGGAAGCAGCGGUGGGACGGGACGGCGUGCGACUGUGCAUGGUACGAGUUUGUCGACGAGUGGCUUCGAGUACGUGACCGCGCGGACCGCUCCGCCAAGUUUAGCUCUUUCGCCGCAACGUUUUUCAAGGCAGAUGAUAUAGCCUAUGAGUGCAAUGAUGUCUUAGUGGGCUGCGCAAAUAUGCACAUGCAGUGCCCCGACGUCCAUAUCUCUAAUAUGACUGGGCCGGCCGGAGCCUUGAUAGUUGGAUCCUUUGCGGAAUUAAGCGUGCGAAUGACCAAAAUGUAUGAGGCUUUCUCAGGCGUCGAAGCCCAUAUGUUAAAUCAACUUAACCAAUUUUACGAUACAUUUGUUGAAAUUGAAAAGGAUGAAUCUCAGCGCAACUUCUUAAUUACGGACAUCACUUAUAACCUAGUGGGAUGGGGGAGCAUGAUCAAGGAUGCUGCCCAGUUCGAGGGUAUCGGUGGAGCUAGCUUGGUUGCGCUCAACAGUAACCUUACGAGGAUAUUAACAGGCUAUCGAUCCGCCGUGAAGGACCUCAACUGGCAGUUGUUCAGCGGCAAGGAGGAAGGCCUAGACAACUUCUGGGCCUUAAUAUCAGAGGGAAAAUUAGCCAAGGGUGGAAAAACACAAAGCGAGAUCAAUAACAAAUGGGAUAACGACGCCGAAUGGCGUCGCACCUGGGCCAUAAAGGUCAUUUAUACGUUGAUGAUCCCGCUUGCGUGGUAUGAAGGGUCUAGAAGCCCGGUCGUGCUAGACACUGGGCGGCGAUGCGACUCGGGCGGAUAUCUGAACGGCAACAUGAUGGAUGCGGAGACAGAACGGGUAACAGUCGUUUGUGAUGAGGACAAAUGGCUCUACUAUCUCGUUACCCCGAAGUUACACUGGGAGAGCAAGUCGAUACCUCCUUCGGACUGCACCCCGGUACCUGGGGGCCCCUAUAAAUGCGCGACGCCUGGAAGGGAUGCUGAAAAUUACUUUGCACCACUUCCAGGAGCAAAGGAUCUAAGGGAUGGUGGAAACCACUGGGGAGGCAUAACGCUAGAUGAUAUUGUUAUUGGGUCUGUGAAUACGUGGGUCGCUAAUGGGAGGAAGAAUGGAGCAAAGCUUCUUGAUAUCAGAGAUCGGGAUCAGUUUGAAAGGCUCUUCGACAAUAACGGUGACCCUAUCGAAAUCCGCGCUGCUGGUGUGUUCCGUAUCCCAGUUUGCAGCCCAGAAGAGGCAUAUGCCGGAUGGAAAGACGCGAAGGAUCAUAAGAGCACAGAGUUUGAUAAUGAAGAGUAUAGAUACUGGCCUUGUAAACAUACCUAA